CUGCGGCCCAACCACCCCCCACCUACUACCACCCUGCCGCUCCUGCACCCCCGCCGCCGCCGCCAGCCCAGGAUCCCGUUCAGCCCGACAGACCCAUCGGAUAUGGUGCCUUCGGUGUCGUUUGGUAAGCAUUCUGGACAUUUGAACAGCUCUGGGAAUUACGUGCAAUCCAGCGGCUUUUUGGGGGCAGUCACGGAUCCGAGGGACGGUAGGAGAGUGGCCUUGAAGAAACUGCCGAACGUCUUUCAGAGCCUCGUGAGCAGCAAACGGGUCUUCAGGGAGCUGAAGAUGCUCUGCUUCUUCAAACACGAAAACGUUCUCUCAGCCUUGGAUAUCCUUCAACCACCGCACCUAGACUUCUUCCAAGAAAUAUACGUGAUCACGGAGCUGUUACAGAGCGAUCUGCACAAGAUCAUCGUCAGUCCGCAGCAUCUUAGCCCCGACCACAUCAAGGUCUUCCUCUACCAGAUCCUUCGAGGGUUGAAAUACCUUCACUCGGCCAGAAUCCUUCACAGGGACAUUAAGCCAGGAAAUUUACUCGUGAACAGUAAUUGCGUAUUGAAGAUCUGCGACUUCGGUUUGGCUCGAGUAGAGGAACCCGACCAGAACAAGCACAUGACUCAGGAAGUGGUGACGCAGUAUUAUCGUGCACCGGAAAUCCUGAUGGGAGCACGGCAUUACACGGCCGCCGUGGAUGUUUGGAGCGUUGGUUGCAUUUUCGGCGAACUUCUUCGUCGGCGGAUUCUCUUCCAGGCACAGAGUCCUGUGCAACAGCUGGAACUGAUCACAGAACUGCUCGGCACACCAACCCUCGAGGACAUGAGGUAUGCUUGCGAGGGUGCGAGAUCCCACAUGCUCAGGCGUGCACCAAAGCCACCCUCGUUGACGGCCCUCUACACCCUCAGCAGCCAGGCGACGCACGAGGCCGUCCAUUUGCUCUGCCAGAUGCUAGUCUUCGAUCCUGACAAGAGGAUCACCGUGGUGGAUGCACUGGCGCAUCCUUAUCUCGACGAAGGAAGACUCAGAUAUCACUCGUGCAUGUGCACGUGCUGCUACACCACCAGCGGAGGAAUGAGACAGUACACGGGAGACUUCGAGCCGGCCACUUCUCACCCCUUCGAUGAUCUGUGGGAACGGAAGCUCACCACCGUGCAGCAGGUUAAAGAGGAAAUGCACAAAUUUAUAGCGGAACAGCUGAACACGUCGCGGGUGCCGCUCUGCAUAAAUCCGCAGUCCGCGGCGUUCAAGAGCUUCGCAAGUGAACGAAGUUGUUACGAGCCGGGUAACGAGCAAACGAAAACGGAACCGAACCGAACCGAACGAAACACAGACCCGUUUCUAUCUUCUAAAUGGCAACCACUAAUGAUCUGUUCGUACGACUUGCAGCUCCACGGUGGCUCAUCCCUCGGAACUGCCACCCUCCCCUCACCAAUGGGAAUGAAAAAAGUAUGAAUUAGAAUACCUUCUCGAAGAACGCGAGAACAACGCACGAAGGACGACGAGAUUGUUCGCUACACGCGAAGACAACUCGCGAACGGAUACCGCGACAGCCUGAAGAGCGAGCAAGAGAGACCAGAGUAUAUAUUAAAUGUACAGACGGAAGAGAAAGGGAGAGAGAGAAACGAACACGAAAACCGGAAGACGAGCAAGCACGAGGAUGGAAGGUACUCGCGGAGAAGAGCCAAGAGAGACAAUAGACUGCCGAAGCAAAUUGAAGCCUCAAUUUUCGACUAGCCGAUAUAUAUAUACAUAGACCGUAUAUGUAUAUAGAUAUCUAUAUAAAUAUAGAUUAUAUACAUACACUUGCUGUAAACGAGAGCGAAUGCGCACCAAGAAGAGAAACACCCAUCCGAUAAAAGAGAAAUGGACGAAGAACGGGUGACGAGUAGAACCGUAUCGGUUUCGAGGGAUACGAGCUUUCAUGAAGCCGAGAACACGACGAACAUGAAGAAGACGAGGAGCCAGAGGAGAUUACGUGUACGCGUUAGCUUGUAAGCGAGGGUCGAUUAGACGGGCCAGUCUUCUUUGUAUUUUUCUUUUCGUUUCCUUUUAGAUUUUACACGAUCUAUCUGUAUAUGUGUACACACACGCGCACGCGCGCGCGAAUACUCUCUUUGCCGCACCGUUUCUAAUCGAAUUUCCCGCCAAACGGAACAAUCGCGGCCAGAUUCGACGAUCCUUUCCUCGUCCUCUCUUUACCCUUGCUUUUUUCUUCGAUCGACCACGAUUUAAGCGUACUCGAAACCGUUCAAACGUCUCUGUGGACUUAUCUAACGCUUUGUGUACACUCGGCUAUAACGUUUCCUUUGGUUAAUAAUCGGUAUAGGGUGAAGUCGCUCUACGAACUAAUGCGCAGUCAUUGAUUAUACGUGAUAAUUAUGCGCAGUAAAGUUAUUACGAUUUAUAAUAGCGUACUCGUUGUGUGCACGUUUACUGCGCAUAUUUAUUAUUUCUACUUAUCGACUGCGCAUGGUUAUUAUUUUCCGUUAUCGACUGCGCUUGUAUUUCGCGGUGAAGGACACAGUCAAGGUCGUUCUGAAAUUUUACGCAUUUUUAAGAGCGAUCUUGAAACGAGCUUGUCAGUGGUCGGGUUUUAGCGAAUGUCGUUUUAGAGUAUUAAAUACGUAAUUUAUGUUGACAUUAUUUGCAGUUGCAGCUUGGUCAUGCUAUUAUAUCAAUUUUAUAGUAUAAUAAAUGUCACGGGAUGAAUUCGUACGUGCGAGCAGAAGUGUAGAAUAAACUUUGUUCUCUAGAGUAUUUUCAAGAAUUUCAUACAUAACUGAUUAUUGAAAUUUGUGUACUGUUCGUACAUUAAUGUACAAAAAUUUAGCUGGAAGACUAAUUUGCAUGUAGAGCUUAGGUGAAAUAAUAAUCCACACUUCAAUUUAUCCUGGUACAUGUACCUUAAAAUUGAUAUAAAAAAUUGAGUAAAUUGUGACUGUGAGUGAGUAAAAUAUACAUUACGAGUUUAAUAUUGUAUCUAUCAAACACCGUCUUUAUUAUAAUCAAAACAUUAGUUAUGAUAAAGUGAUGUACAUCGAACAAAUUGUAUACCCGAAGACAAGCUGAACGGAAGGUUAAGUAGAAUAGUGAAUAUAACUGUUACCACCCUCUCUAAAAGAAGUUGAUGUUAUAACCAAGUGUACCAAGUGUAAUUUUUGUAACCUUAACAGAAAAUCUAAGGUUGAACCGAUUAGAGUUUGAACUUAUGGGAUGUGUCUCGUAAGCGGUGUGCUCUUCUGUGAUCGGAGAAGAUACGUGUAAAAGAAGAACAGUGAAUGUUCGGAUCUCGAAGAACACUCAGAAUGUUUCUUUCACGGAAGAUGUCUUCGGUCGUGCUAAAUCGUUUGAAGAACUGUAACACGACUUAAUUGUAAGAAUUAAAGAGAAAAGCAAUCGGUAAAGAAACGAGAAGAAUCGCGAGUUAGAGAAUGGUGAGCGUUUAUUUUUUAUUUAUCGAACAGGGCUUGAGCCUGUGUGAUCUCGAUCGUUAUCGACGGAGGAAGUCGUUCAGGGGGCCUCGAAGCAACGUUCCGGGCAAAAAACACCCCAAGUUCUCUGACCCAGGGAAAUCUUCGGACCGAAGAUUCUAGGAAUCGCGCGGAUUUCUAGGUACACGAUAGAUCACACGAUUUAUUCCAAUAAAUAUUUGCACUGCCGACGAAUCGUGGCGAGCGCGACGGUAUCGUGAACAAGAGGAAGUUCGAGAGGAUCCAUCGUUCGAAUCGUCCGGAGUCGUCGUCUUUUUGACGUAGAUCAAUAAUUUUAGUUUAAUUUCGAAAGCUGCGUAUGUGUGUAAGCGCUUCCGUGCGAGAUCUCGCUUUCAUUUCACGUUUUAACGAUCGAAUCGGCCUCUCCGAUGUCUGAAAUGCGAAUAACCAUUUAUGUCUCUGCGAUAGCUGUUCCUGUCAUCGCGAAAAUUAUCGUUUCGCAAUGUAUCAUUUUUGGAUCAGAAAAGUUAGCUCGUGUUAAAUUGUCUUUCGUUCUCUAUCGAGACAAAAUUUUGUCGAGAUGGUCUACGGAUUAUGGUUGCAGUUCAGACGCGUCUCGAGGUCGAGGAAAUGGCGCACGAUACCCGUAAUUACGUUCUGAGUGUGAUUUUAGUUUAAGAGACUUUAGGUAGCCAGUAGAUUUUCACGAGGAAAUACCGUAGGAGCGUAGGUAGCGAUUUAAGUAACGUAGCAACUCGACGACGCUCGUUUCGUUCUGUAAAGAACAACAAAAUGGAUAAGCAACGCAUGUGUUCUCUUUUUUACGCAGACUCAACUGAUUUCUACUACGAUCUAAUUAACACGUAUCACACGAACACACGCAUACACACAUGUAUAUGUAAUCGUUUUAAGUACUUGUAGGGAAAUUUUGAGUAUCGGGAUGAAAGGGGAACGAUACCUUCGCGACCAGCGACACGAAAAGACGCACUUUUCAAACGAUCGAUCGUGAUCGCCGUUUUUAUCGACAUAGACGGUGUUAAUCGAACACGCGGAAAAAUAUUGUCGAUACGAAUUGUCCUUUCGCGUGUGCAGCACACGAUUUUGCUCUCUGCAUUGGGAUUUUUGCGAGUCGACUGCUGUAGGGGAUGUUGGUUACACGAGUUUUCGAGGUUUGAACUUUUUUCAGUUUUUCCUAAUACAAAUUUACAUAUUUACAUGUUUCUGGUUAAAUUCCAGUUGCUGAUUCUUAUAUUUUAAAAUUUUCAAGUGCUCCAAUUCCUACAUGAAUUUCUAAAUUUUCUGAUUCUUCGUCUGCAGAUUUUUCAGUCCACAAAUUUACAAAUUUACAAAUGCUCAAAUUCACAAAUUCCCGAAUUCCCAGUCUCUCAAGUCCUAACUCUAAAUUUUCAGAUAUUUUAACCCUUAAUUACAGUAGAACCUCGAUAUUUUCCUGCGCCAGGGGCUGCGCAGGUACAAAGAUUAGAAAUACAUAAUUUUACACGACUUUUGCGUGUCAUCGUUUAAUUCUAAAACCUAAUAACCUAAGAACUGUUAAUUUUAUCGAGAGACCACGACCUCUACAGCAUUCGACGUCUACGCGAUUGCGAUAAAAAUUACGUCGGUGUUUAACGAAGCGCGUGUUGUAAUUUUUCGCUGAACGUUGAAACGUUGCGACGUGGUACAACCCUCUUUUUGUAAUUAAUAUACGAUCCGUUUCCGGUAGCGGUCCCGUCAUUUGUAAAUAGAUCUCAUCGCGUUCACCGUGUACAUACGCUAAGUAGCUCAUGAACUGAAUCACCACCGCAAUUUGCAAUUGUAAAAAGGCGCAGCAGUUGAAUUUCCUUGGUGUCUAACCACGAACGAAACCUUUAUCGUACACCGUUGUACGAAGUUACAAAAAAUUACAAAUAUUGUUGAUGAGAACGACAAAUGAAAGCUCGGCGUUGUUAGACACGACGGAAAUUAAAACAAACAAUUCCCCAUGUACCACGAACACUUUCGACGAAACGGUUUCCCUUAUCGCCGUUCGCUUUUAGAAUUUUAAUCAACGAUUCGUCGAACAUUUUUCACGUUUCCUUUUAACAUUGAAUUUUUAUGAUAAUUUUUAACGAUACCCGCGCGGACGUAAAAGGUGUUUUAUCGUAGAUUCGUUUUUACGUCUCGAACUCUUUUAUCAUUUCCCCGAAAGUUGUUCGCGAAUCUUAUCGGUUAAUUGAUUAAAAAACGAGGAGAGAAAGGAAGGAGGUACUUGUCUGUUUACAACUCGAGGCGAUAAGUGUUGAAAGAUUUUUCGUCGAAAGUUUCGCAACGAUUCGAUUCGCGGUUUAAUUAGUUGCAGCGAAUGAACGAAAACGAAGAGAAAGAAAAAUUGAAGAUAAGUGAUUGGCUGCGUGUAGCUUGGUUGACUUCUGUAAGAAAGCGAUUCGGGAGAAGGGGACUUUCAUCUGCUGCAGUUUUAUUUUUCUACGAUCGAGUUUAAUUUUGUAAUCGCUUUCGAAUUUUUCAGCAUCUCUUGUUUGACGCUGUAGGAUUCAGUUUCGCGUUGUUUGACGCUGUAGAAUUUAGUAUCGCUUUUAAAUCUUUUAAAUUUAUUAUUCGACGCUUUAUGCUUUUUGACGUUUUCAAAUUUUACAUUAUGUUAUUCGACGCUUUCGAAUUUAAAAUUACAUUAUUUUGAUCUCAUCCGAUCUCUGUAAAUUCAACGUUGUCUCAAUUAGCUUUGAAUAUAAAAUAAACCCAGUUUCCCCUACGUUGUCAGAUACAGGAGUCAACUCGGAAUGAAUGAGAAGAAUGCACGAGUGUUUGGAAUUAAUGUUUCCUAUUAAACGAAAAAACAAAAAGAUAAUAUGUAGAUGAUUACUUAAACGAGACUUGUAAAUAACGUAGCUCACUGUAGCUGGUCAGUUGGGCAUUUGAAAGAUACACGAAACAAACAAAUAAAAAAAAAAGCAAGUACAUGAAGCAAGAGAGAAAGUAAAGGAAAUACAAGAAGGGUCGAUCGCCCUCUGAACCUUUACGCCUUGCGUUGUAAAAUGUACACGAUAUUUCUUUUUUUCUUUUGUUUGUUUAUCGCGUCGAUCGUUUCGACAUCGAGAAAUAAAAUACUUGGAGGCUAGGUGAUAACUCGUAAGUCGUAAGGUAAACUACGUAUAAAUAGAUAACGUGUAAUUAAGCGACAAGAUUUGAAACUCCACGUAUACUACACACUAGCGAAUAUUGCCUUCAUUAUGGAAAAGUGGCUGGCACCGAGAUGCACCAAACAAAAUAAAGUUGCUACGGAUAAA